GUCAGAAUUCUGAUUUAAAAAUCGGAAUCCUGACUUAAAUCUCAAAAAUCUAAGAAUAAUAAUCACAUACUGCCCUCAUCCUCUUCCUAUGGGCUUUUCGUCACAUGAAUAAAUCGUGCUGUAGGUCAAAGUUAGGAACUAUAAAUUGGCGCUGCCAGAGCACCGCAGACUUGCCCCAAGCGUCCGUUGCUAUGGUUACGACAUAGCGAGCGAGAGGGAGGAAGUGGUAAGCUAGCUCUUAUAUGGUUGUACUCUGACGGUAAUUAUUCUAAAAUUUAUAUUAAAGAUGUCCCAUAAACAUGGUUAGUGACGUUACCAGGUUAAAUAGGAGGGUUUAGGAUUGGAUUGAGUUGCGUGUGAAGAGUAGACAACGUAUAGUGAUCACUUAUAGGCUAUGGCUCAUGUUGUUGCUACCGAGUCUGGUGAAAUAACUCACCAAAGGGACUUCAGAACCCGAACUGCACCGGGGUGUGUUAAUCGUUCCAAAUUAAUGCAAGUCAAAAGCAUACAACCUAAUCUUCAUUCACCAAAGCCUCCCACUGACUCCCGGAAGCAAGAAGAAAUGACUGGAGCCCUGACGCGGAGGAUACGAACAGGCCAGCAAGGCUGUAAAACAGUUGAAGAGGCUGAGGGCCAGCUCUGCCAAGCGGAGGGCACAUUGUUGCUGCGCCACACAGGGCACAGAGGGCCCCGCUACGACCAUCAAGGCGUGGUUCUGCCCCACAGCAUUCUGGGUAACCUGCAGGACUUCAAGAGUUAUUUGGAGACCAGGGGAGAAACUGAGUCAGUCCGGAGGCUGCGGGAGACCACCACAGAGGCUCUGAGUGGACCCUCCUCCUCAGCCCCGGGGGGGGGGCACGCAUACAGAGGGGCUGAGGACAGAGGCGGCGGGCUCUCUGCCGGCCAGGCACACACCCAGAGCCACGCCCUGCAGCACUGGAGCACACGCAUGAGGCAGCGGCGGCGGCAGCAGGAGUCUCUAGCCAAGUCGCUCCACAGGCCAAAGGAUUGGUUGCUGAUGAACCGAGCCAACAGCUUCCGGAGGGUUCAGGAGCAGAGAGAGCUUCUGAGCCUCGUCCUGCCAGCCAUACAGCCAGGACAUGGCUACCGUGUGGGCAGUGAGUUCUGGUCCCAGCCCGAGUGCUUGGGGGACGAGGUGGGCGGGAUCGUGGCCACCCUGACUCGUAGCCAGCGGGGCCAGCAGGAGUCCUUGGUCCGCGUAGGACAACCACGCAGCGUCCAGCAUGAGUCAGGGAAUGUGGUGUCAGAGAAGUAUGGUCCCGCCCCUAAAGGGUGGAACCAGAGUGAAUACCUCCGGCGACAGCAGCAGCAGAUCCAGCCGCUGCUCAAGGAGCGGGACCUUGAAGCGCCCGACAUGGAGCACUUGGAGGUGAUAGGCUCCGGCAGGCCCGUCACACGUGUUUCAGUGCCUCCCAAAGCCUUGCACCGCGAAGAGGAAGCGCGGGAGAAGGCGACGACAGAGAAGCGAGAUCCAGGGGUGCAGGAUGAUGGUGAUGAUGGUGAUGGUGAUGAUGAUGACACCGCCGUGAUGCCGGUCCCUGCCUUGAUGUUCUGCGGCCAGAGAGCCCACUGGACCGGCAGCUCCUCCUCCCAUCAGGGCCAGCUGGGGAUCAGCUCCAGGAUGGGCUUUGAGGUUGUGAUCGGGGCCACGGCCCGCUCGCACCUGCUGCUGCGUAACCAGGGCAACAGCGCCCUCUACUACACCUGGCAGCGGCUGGAGCUGCCUCGCUGCUUCACCGGCACGCCCCGCACAGCGCGGCAGACCGCCAGCCCGCACUUCUACUUCAACUCCUCCAUGGGUGUGAUUCUCCCGUGCGAGACGCAGCAGGUGGACUUUAUAUUUAAAUCGGACACGCCUGGAAUCAAGUGUGAGCUUUGGCAGCUCAACGCCCACCCCGUGCUGCUGGGAGGAGCCGCCAUGCAGCUCACACUGAGGGGAGUGGCCCUGGACCGGGACACCAACGCAGACCACAGGCUGGGCCUAGAGAGGGAGUUGGAGAGGAAAGCGAUGGUUAAAGUGUGCCAGUCGUUGGUCUCCGAGGUGCUGCGGGGGGUCACGACCCCUGAGAGAUCCAGCUCACCUGCAGAGCUCUACAUCACCGAAGACCAGGAGUUCCUCUGGAAGAAUCCCAAGUUUCACUACGCUCCGGGGCCAGUCGAGGCCCUGCGGGUCCUUUGGCAGAGUGCAGCCCCAGGAAGAGACUGGGACCUCUCUGUGGGAACACUCAGACAGGCUUGUAAUUUCUCUGCCCUGCGGUGCACAUGGGAAGACCCACGGUCUGCUUUGCAUUUGCGUCCAUGCAAGGCGGUGCUGUCGCUGCGCGAGGAUGACCCGGGCCCAGGGGACACUGCGCACACUCUGACCCGAGACCAGGGCCUGGCCCGGCUCAACUCCACGCUUCUGGAGCUUCCACCGCACCCCCUUACCACAGCCCCCGUCACACCUGCGGCUGUAGGGCGGCAGCUGUGGAGGGAGCUUCUGGACGGCCUGGCCGGCGAGGCCGCCACGCUCCAACGCAUGCUGGGGCUCCCUGAGACAGACACGUGGUCCCAGCCCGUCCUAGACCCUGACCUUGGGUUGGAGGAGGAGGUGAAGACGGUUGGAAAGGGGGAGAGAAAGGGAGGUACCAAGGAGGUGAACAGAGCAGGAGGUGCAAAGGAGAAGGAAGAUGGAAGAGGAGCCUCUAAGGCACCAGCCAAGGAGCGUGCGACAUCGAAGGAGCGUGGAGGAGAGGAAGUGACCAAGGCUCUUGGAGGAAGGCGUGCUACGGAGUCCUCAUUGGCUGUUGUUGGUCAAGGAGCAACAAGCCCCACCCUCUGUGAUGACUCACAACACAAUGUCCAACCAGAGGAUGUGCUCAAAUACAGGACACAUCUAAACCAAAAGGUGUACGUUCUGAUGGACCACCUCGUGGACUCCCUGGCCAGUCUCCUAGAUGCUCUCGGAGAUGAAGAGCGAUAAGCAAGACAAGACAUUCAUAAAUGAAUAACACAAUCAUUUACAUUGAUGCUACGUUAAAGCUCUUGUAUGUCAUGACAAUAUUAAAACAUUUCAUAACUUAUA